GGAAGCGGCGGCGGCGGCAGCGGGAGCAUGGCGCGGCGCGGGUCUGACUCCGACUCCAGCUCGGAUUCCGGCUCCGAGGACUCCUCUCUCUCGGACUCGGAGCUCCAGGAGGCCUUCUCGAAGGGUGCGCUGAAGCCGGGGCUCAACGUGGUGCUGGAGGAGCGUCCGAAGCGACGCAACGACGUGAACGGCUUGAAGCACUGCCUGUCCGAAUUUAAGCAGCAGCUGGCUUGGGUGGAAAGGCUGGAUGUGACCUUGGGCCAGGUCGUGGACCCCAUCUCGCAGAGUGCUUCUAACGAAGAUGCUGUUGAUCCUGAGAAUGAUUUCCAGAGAGAGAUGAGCUUUUACCGGCAGGCUCAGGCAGCGGUUCUGGAAGCCCUACCUAGGUUGCAUAAACUCCAAGUUCGUACAAGAAGACCAGAUGACUACUUUGCAGAGAUGGCCAAAUCAGACCAACAGAUGCAGAAGAUUCGACAGAAGCUCAAGAGUAAACAGGAAGCAAUGGAGAAGUCUGAGAGAGCAAAACAGCUCCGUGCAAUGAGAAAAUACGGCAAAAAGGUACAAAAUGAGAUUCUGCAGAGGAGGCAGAAGGAGAAAAAAAAUAUGUUGAAUGCUGUCAAGAAGUACCAGAAAGGUCUCUCGGAUAAGCUGGAUUUUCUAGAGGAAGAGCAGACAUCAUCUCAGGGGAAUAAAAAAGGCAGUGCAAAUCAACGGAUGAAGAAGGGACCAAAUGCCAAAAGACGAUACAAGAAUCAGAAGUUUGGUUUUGGUGGGAAGAAGAAAGGCUCAAAGUGGAACACAAAGGAGAGUUUUAAUGAUGUAUCCAGCUUUCGGUCAAAAGUUGCUCACAACAAAGGUCCAAGAAAAGGAGGAAAGAAGGCCCUCAAUAAGAGACCUGGAAAGAGAGCAAGGCAGAAAAUGAAGAGCCGAGCACGAUGAGAGGACUGUGCUCCCCAGUGGGGUUCCUAUGUUUCUAUGUGGCAAGAUGUGUUAUGCUGUCAUCAAGCAGCCAACCAUGGAGCAAGCUGGAUACUUCCAAGUGCCAAAAAAAAAGUCAGUGGAAACUAGUGCCUUAUCACUAAUUUCUUCUCACUGUCUGUUCUCUUGAAAGAUUGUUUUCUGCUUAAACCUUUGAUGCGCGAACACAUUAAAUGGUUUGCACACAACUAUGUCAGGUUCAUGUUUAGCUGUUUUAUGAGUGGUGACUGCAAGCUUGCCUUUUAUUCUCGUCAUUCUGACAGCUUUUUCCAUAGCUGAUGUUGACAUGCAUUUGGUGAACUUGAGUUCUGGGUCAUGUUGCUGAUGUCAGAAUAAGUCAGAAGUCUGUCAAGAUGGUAAAAGUGUUUUUUAGACUCUUUCUAUAGAUGGGUUUGACAACAGCAGUGAGUCAAAGGCAGCAAUCUUACAAAUAGGUUUAUUUCUGUGACUGUUGUCAGCCUGCAAAUCUGGAUAGACUGAGGUUCACUCUACCCUCUUCUCUCUCCCCCUUGUUUUGUCAGAAAUCUAGCAGAGUCUCCUAAUAACAAGAGCCUAAUACAUUAGAUCUCAUUAACUGCUUUUGAGUGGCUUUGCCACUCCUCUACUGUGGAUUCUUGCACUACUCCUCACCGUGCCUCAUGGCAGCCAUUUAUUUAGAGAUAUCGGUUCUCCGGCGUGGGAAGUAGAGUCUGCAGUCAGUGCGAUCCACGUGUAUCUGGGAAAGAAAAAUAAUGAAUAGCUUUUACUAGCAUUGGUAGUAGUAGUCCCUCCUGAGAAGAGUGAUGCAUGGUGUUCUUGCUGCUGAGACUCACUCGAGUGACAAAUGAGUAAGCUACCACUGAUUUGAGAAUGUACAGUUCACUGCUUUGCUACGGUCAAACUUGGUGAUAAAGGAAAACGAUGUAUGAAACAGCAUUGUGAAUCCUGACUAUAAAUGUGACUCACUUCCCUGUGCUCAAGUUUAGUUGCCUCUUUCCUGACAGUCUGAUUCUACCAGCAGCAUCUAACUGCAUAAAGCUCUUCUGAGAUGUCAUCUGUAGCCUUUUGCAUAAUGAAAAGUUGCAGAAGACUCUUAUUUUCUUAAUUAUCUUAAUUUUCUUUGUAACAGGCCAAAAUUAAUCAGGGUCUUAUUUGCCUUUCUUAAAACACUAAUCUACAGAGUCAGUCAUCAUCACAGUUACUCAUUUGUCAGAUAUGAUUGAUGUCUCAGCUAGUUAAUAAGAUUUCUUUUCCUCCUCCUUAUUCACGCUUCCCCAAAUGAAUCAUCACUGGUGUAUUCUGCCUUGGGUAUAUGUAGCUGAUUAUUAAUUUUAUGGUUCUGCUUGCAAUUUGUUUGAAAGAUGCUCUACAGCAGCAUGUUUCUUUCCACAGUACUUAUGUAUGUCACUUCGCAUUGCUUACUACAUUAUUUCGUAUGGCUGAGUGCUCUAAUAAACAGCUCAGACUACAUAUGUGACAUUUGACAAUA